UGGUAAAGGAGGAGAUCUCAGACGACAAUGCAAAGCUCCCUUGCUUCAAUGGAAGAGUGGUGUCCUGGCUGGUCCUGGCUGAAAGUUCUCACUCUGACACGGGUUCCCAGUGCACUGAGAGCCACACAGACCUUCCACCACCCCUCGAGAGAACAGGAGGCAUCGGAGACUCCCGCCCUCCAUCCUUCCACCCCAACGCUGCCAGCAGCAGGGAUGGCCUGGACAAUGACACAGGGACAGAGUCAGUCAUCAGCCACCGGCGGGACAGGCACCGGCGGAGGAACAGGGAAGGGCACGAGGAUGCCCCUCGGAUCAAUGGGCACCCAAAGCUGGACAGGCACCGGGAGCACCCCCCUGGCUACGACAGCUCCUCCACCAUGAUGAGCAGUGAGCUGGAGUCCAGCAGCUUCAUCGACUCCGAGGACGACGACAACACGAGCAGGUUGAGUAGCUCCACGGAGCAAAGCACCUCAUCCCGGCUCAUCCGGAAGCACAAACGCAGGAGGAGGAAACAAAGGAUGCGGCAGAUCGACAGGUCGUCUUCGUUCAGCAGCAUCACCGAUUCCACCAUGUCCCUAAAUAUCAUCACUGUCACACUCAACAUGGAAAAGUAUAAUUUCCUGGGAAUCAGCAUUGUGGGGCAGAGCAAUGACCGGGGUGAUGGUGGCAUCUACAUCGGCUCCAUAAUGAAAGGAGGGGCGGUGGCAGCGGACGGACGGAUCGAGCCAGGAGACAUGCUCCUGCAGGUGAACGAUGUCAAUUUUGAGAACAUGAGCAAUGACGAUGCAGUUCGGGUUCUACGGGAAAUAGUCUCCAAACCAGGACCCAUCAGCCUAACAGUAGCCAAAUGCUGGGACCCAACUCCCAGGAGUUAUUUCACCAUCCCCAGGGGUGACCGGUGCGGGCCGAUCGACCCAGCGGCCUGGAUCUCUCAUUACCAAACGGCCAUGACGGGAGCCCUGUAACCUCUCUUCCUUUUAGAAUUAGAAGAAUCUCCCUUAACUGUGAAGAGUGACAUGGCUACUAUUGUCAAGGUUAUGCAGCUCCCAGACUCAGGCCUUGAAAUUCGGGACAGGAUGUGGUUAAAAAUCACCAUCUCCAAUGCAGUGAUAGGAGCAGAUGUGGUUGACUGGCUUUACACACACGUGGAAGGCUUCAAAGACCGGCGGGAGGCGAGGAAAUACGCCAGCAGCAUGUUAAAACACGGCUACCUCAGGCACACUGUGAACAAAAUCACCUUCUCAGAGCAGUGCUACUACGUCUUUGGAGACCUCUGUGGCAACCUGGCUGCACUGAACCUCAACAACGGUUCCAGCGGCGCCUCGGAUCAGGACACCCUCGCUCCGCUCCCACAUCCUGCUGCUCCCUGGCCAUUAGGCCAAGGAUACCCCUACCAGUAUCCUCUGCCCCCUCCGUGUUUUCCACCAGCAUACCAAGACCCAGGCUUUAGCUAUGGCAGUGGCAGUGCAGGGAGCCAGCAAAGUGAAGGAAGCAAAAGCAGCGGCUCGAACCGGAGCACCAGCGAGAACAGCAGGCGAGCUGUGGGCAGGGAGAAGGACCGCAAGUCGGGGGGCAGUGGCAGCGAGUCGGAGCACACGGCGCGGAGCGGCGGCACCGCGCGCCGGGACCGGCCCGCCAGCCAGCUCAGCCACCGCAGCCACGGCUCCGCCGCCCACAGCGACAGAAGCCACCACAGCCACCACUCCUACGGGGGGCCCCCGGGGGUGCCCCCGCUCUACAGCCUCCCCAAGCUGGGCUCCAAAGUCUACGGGACCAGCGGCCCCCCCGGAGGGCCUCCCGUGCGGGAACUGAGCGCGGUCCCCCCGGAGCUCACCGGGAGCCGCCAGUCCUUCCAGAAGGCCAUGGGCAACCCUUGUGAGUUCUUCGUAGACAUCAUGUGAGAGGAAGUGCCUUCAGACUCUGCCUGGGGAGAGGGGGGUGGGUUGGGUUUUUUUUUUUGGGGUGGUUUGUUGUCGAACACUUAAUGGAAGAGACUUGGCUGGUCUUGCAUGUCACACCUUCCUGUUUGCAAAGUGUGUUGCAGUAAAAAAAGAAAAAAAAAAAAUCAAGAAAACAGAGCGAAAAAUACAAAAAAAAAAAAAAUUCCCUCCGCAAAAAUGAACAAAAAAAAAAGAAAUCUCCUGGGAUUGUUAAAUAUCAGCAAACCGAUGGCAUCUUUUCUUUAUCUUUUUUUUCCCUUCCCCCUCCUCUUGUUUUGGAUUGUGAAUGGCUGGGGUAUAUUCACAUCUUAAUGAGCUUUGGUCAUUGUGGCACCUACUUCAGUGCAACUGGUGUAUCUUUUUGGCUGAUUCAAGGACUCUUAUUUCACACGACUUCUAAAUUCCCGAUAUUGCAUAGGAGCACUUUUAUUUUUCCCUGCUUUUUUUUUUUUUUCUCUUACAAGGAAAACAAACGACCCCUUGGCUGGUAUCUGUGAUACUGCCUUGGAAUGCUGUUUCUUGGAUGCAUCCAUAGCACUGAGCAGACAUUGCACCCACAAGUGUACAGACAGCACGUGCUUGGAAAGGAGCAGGAUCGACCCAAGUGGAAAACAAAGUUGUGGCUACCUUCUGCUGACUAGGGAGUAUAAAUCAACCUUUCUUUCUUUUUUUUUCUUUUUUUUUCUUUUUGUUGGUUUUUUUGGAUAUUAUUCUAUCAAGGGAGUGCUGGAGUCUUGCUACUGUAUGUGCUCAUUGUGCAGAACUUGUCAAGUUGUUUCCUUCAGUACCACAAUAGUGACUUUGUAGCUGCAGUUGGUUCCUGGGCAUUCCAGUCCCACCCCUGCUGACAGAUGUGGCUGUUCCUGCUGGAUGUGCACUUGCUUGGAAAAGUUAUUUCCACAGAAAUAGGACAGCUGCUGCCAUGCAGUUCUGUUAGUGUAGCUGCAGCUUUUCCCUUUCCAAGGGGAUAUUCAUCCCAUUCCAGCUAAAUCCUGGCUCCUGCUGGGAUGUGGCUCUUCACUUUGAUUUCAUUUUGAUACCUGUUGUUCUGUCCUUCGUUUUGGAGCAGUAUCUUUCUCUUUUUGUUGUAAUGGAAACCUGGAGCUGUCUAAUCCCACUUGCAGUCCCAGGAGAAUGUUUCUGAGCACAGACAGGGGCUGGCUGUUGGCAGAGAGGUGUGAGGGUGUUUUGAGAGCAGAUCCCAAAUGGUACAGCGAACAAAUCCUUACACCUGACACCGAGUGGGACCCUCUCUGCUGAGGAGCCCUGACUGAAGCAACUGCUGUUGUACAUCCCCAAGGUUUCAUUUCUGUGUGGUUCCUGCUCUGAGGCUGUGGACACUUGAUAAAGCAGGUUCAGGAGCCUUCAGUGGUGUGUAAGAAGCUUUUUUUUAAGGUGUCAGAAGGAGGGUAUGGUGAGAGCACACCCACGCUCUGUCACGGUGCCUCAUUUGAUGGGACACACGUGGGGAGCUGCAGCCACUUAGUGGCAUUUGGCCACGGGGCCAUGCCUCAGUUAAAUCCUCCUUUCUGAGGUGCCUGCUGCUGGCAGGUUUUAGGACAGGUGCUUUAAGAUCAGUCUUGACUGUAUAUAAGCAUUUUUUUCACUGGUAAGAAGCUGCUCUUUGGUUCGUCCCGUGCUCUGUGGGAAGCGUGAACGCCCGAGAUGAAGGCCAAAAGAGAACAUCUUUCUCAGGAUGCACACACAGUUCCAUGUCCAUUUGUCACCCCGAAAAACGACUCUUCAGACAUUUUGGGUGUUGUUCAUCCUGAUAGAUUUUUCACUUCUUUCCCUGUUGCAGGUCUGUGUGCAAACACAUCCCUUUGUCAGAGCCAGAGUAACGAUUCCAGCCAAAGCUCCAAACGUCUGUGUUAACUGGAGACUCCAGUCUCUCCUUCAAAAGGGAACCAGGCAUUUGGGAAACUCUGUGUCACUCAGACUAGGUACUCCCCUUACUGGCCUUCUAAACUAGUUUUCUUUACAAAAACCUCCCAAAAAGCUGCCUAAUGUCUCUGAAAGCAGUGCUUUCAUCAUCAUCCAUCCCAUGGGCUGGCAUGGAUUGCCACGUGGCUGAUGGCUUCUCCAAAAGAGUGGCACUACCUAGAGCUUGACUGUGCAAACAGUACCUUUCUUUUCCUUUCCUCCUCCCAGUUCCACAGCAAAGAUGCUUACCCUAACCUGGUAACCUAUUCUGAAAGAUUGACAUUGAAAGCAAUGAAGUAAAUCAGGGUAAAAUAAUGGUGUAAUUCUGCUAUGUCUCCAGGAGACACUGUUAAGGAGUCUGUGACUUUACUGACAAUCACUAGUGGUUCUACUUUUAAAUUAAUUUAAAACUUUUCUGGUCUCUUAUAUAUAUUGAUUUUUCUGGCCCGCUCUGUCUUAAGGCAGAACUUGGAGGGCUGGAGGAAAAGACUCUCAUUUAAAUAUUUCCAAAAGGGAUUAAAGCUGGGGGCUGAGCUUUCACCCGUGGAAGAAACGUGUUUUAUUUUGUUAUGUCUUUCCAAGAGUUGCAGUUUACACACCUGCUGGGUUGUUUUUUGUUUGUUUUUAUUUUUUUUUUGUUUGUUUUUUUGGUCUUGUUGUUAAUGCUGUUGGCAGAAACUGUUCUGUGUCUUGCUGGUCUUUGCUGCUAUGUUGAAAUGACUGUGUUAUAAACUUGUGUGUUCGUGGGUCACUCUGGAAUGAGGCUGCAAAUCCAUAACCCAGGUGUGGGAAGGCAUUAGUCUGCUGAGGAAUUCAGGCUGAAGCAGCUUCACCCACAACAGGCAUCCACUGCUCUGGGUGUGCUGGGUGCUGGUCCUUGAGGAACCUGCUGUUUGCAGGGAGAGCAGGAGGGUGGAGAUGCCCCUGUGUGGACAGUGCAAUACGUGAUGGCCACUGUGUGUAAAACAAACCCCUGAUCCCCCCCGUAGUGUCCAGUGGAGAGGGUGGAGUGAGUGGAAGGUCAGGCCUGAAUCUUUGCUAGAUCCCAAUUUUCACAAGAGACAGGAGAUUUCCCAGAUCCCAUCCUUGGCUUUCAGUGCAUGCUCAUGUGUCUUUCCACCAAGGGGGUCCUUGGGACCUGCCUGUGCCAGUGUCUCCUGUUGGGCACAGCAUUCCCUGCUGUGCCAGGUGGAAGGAAGUUUGCAGGCUGGAGUGCUGCAGAUCCAUCUGUUUUCUCUCACCAGGGCCUCAAAUUUAUCCCUGAUUUCAUGUCAGUGACUGAGCUCCAACUCCAGCGAGGGGUUUGCUGUGCAGGGCACUGAAACAACCUCAGUGGCUGACAUUUUUAUUCUGGAAGUGAGACCCUCGACUGAGCUUAAAGCUCACACAUCCCUGCCAACAGAUUUAACAGCAGGUUUGUCUGGAGGAUCAUGGAAAAUGAUGAGGAAACAGUUUGGGAUGACAUCUCCUCCCCAAAGGAGGCAGGAUCUGUAGGGGGAGUGUAUCCACCUGGUAUAUUAACUCUGAGGAGUUUUUGGCAAAUAAGUCUUAAAAGCACUGCUAUUGUCUUUUACCUCCUAUUAAUAAAUCUCCUUUUUCCAAGGUAACAGUCCCCUGGACACUUUAUCCAAAGGUUUAUUGGAUGGCAAGCAAUGAUGCACAGACAUUGACUUUUGCUAUUAUUUUUGUUCUCUUCAAGUGGGCAGUCCCCUCCUGAGACUUGACAGCUCAUGAGUUGAUGUAAUUGUUUUUGUUUUUUGCAUUUAACUGGAUUGUAAUAAGAUUGACUUAAAAUUAUUAAUUCUAAUCAGUGAUUAGAAAUACAUGUAAAGAAUUUUAUGUACAGUAGAGGAACAAAGUUACAUGAUUUUAAAUAAUGAAAAUCCAGACUGUCACCUAUCCUAGAAUUGGUUCUACUCAAAGAGUGACCUCUUAUUAGCAUGGACUGCACUGUUCCUGUUAAAUGUCUAUUGCAUAAUUGAAUUCUUUUUUGUAGAUAUUGUAUUAAAACCCAAGUGUCUGUAUAGUUAAUAUAUAGCUGCUUAUGUGUAAAUGCUAUUUUAAACACUAAAAAGCUUUUAAUUUUAUGUGAUAA